UAUUCAAACCGAAACAGGCCAACUUGUCGGUACAUGUCCAACUCGUCAUACAGUUUCUAUGGCCCAGCUGUGUGGGACAUUUACAUCUCAUUCAUGAAUGGGUGUUUAAGAGUUCCAGUGGUACUUUCCCCUUUCCCAAACCCCACGAUACUGUGUCGUUAGCAACGGAUGGAAGGAGUGGAGCUGCAGCUUGUUCGUAAAUGUUUACAGAGCUUCCCAAAGUUAUCGCUGUGGAUCAUAGAGUAUGCCUGGGCUCACAACAUGAUGGAUGUACAAGAAGUUGUGGACCUCUCCACUUGGCCAGAAUUGGACUUCCAGUCUCUGUGCCUUGAAGAUCCAUGGAGGCUGCGUGUUGCUUCUGCCCAGGUGUAUUACAUCGUUAAGAACAGGGCUAUGGAGCAUUUUGAGGGGACACUGGGCUUUUUGGAAACCACUUACCGGCUGUUACCCAGACUAGUGGCUCCCAUCAAACAUAUGAAGAUCCUGUUUGGCCUCAAGACAAUGGUCAUAAUGUGGAUGCUCAAGGAGGGCAGGGGAUUGGUGGAUACUGUUCUUAAAAUCAACCUGUUCUUCCCAAGUAAACUACUUCAAUACCAAAACCAAUGUACCCAACGUGAAAUGUUCCUCAUGAGGAAGAACCACCUGGACUUCAAAUCUCUGGCAUUAGCACUUGCCAUGGACAAGAUCAAACUUGAAGAUUAUAUUCUGAACCAGUUGGAGAAGCAGUAUGGUGGACAUUAUGGCCAGAAAGUAGAAGACAGGCUGCUGAACUAUCUGCAUGAGUUGGAGACUGUGUUACCAGGAGAUACCUACAUUGAUAAGAUACUGAAGAAAGAAAGUCCUAUUACUGAAGAGGAUAGGCUGUUGUUGGAAGUUAUUACCUCUGACUCCAUGAAGAUGGCAACAACUCUAAAGAAACUGCUGCACUGUGAUGUUGCCUCCUGCAGUCUGGACAAUAUGUCUGCAUCAUCAGAAUAUGGAAAGAGUACAAUGGAAAACUGUCAUCUCACAAAGUCCAUUCCGCAUUGCAUUUCUUCAAAGGCUCUCCUCAAAUCAGUUGAAACCAAAACUUCCCUAGAGUGUCAGCCAGAGGUUUUUUGGGGAGGAGGGGAGGCUGACACAGAUGUGUCCCAGGACAGCCCUCUUUUGUUGGAGAAUGACAAUGUGAGGAGAAACCAACAAACAGAGGAGGAUCAAGACAAGAUGGAGGAAGAGAGCACGGCAAUGAAAAAGGAGGAAAUCGGUCAGAGAAGCAUUGAACAUUUUCAGGAGGCUACUUCCUCCCCACAGUUCUGCUCUAAACACCAGCGAUGGGUGAAUAGCAUCCUGCAACAGUGUCCUGAUGAGUGUUCAGAAGAGCGGCUGCUUCUGCCUACUGUGUCUUCAUCUCCCCCAUUAUUCCAGUCAUCCUCUUCCACCUCUACAUCGCAGGACCUCACCCCCUCUGACCUCAUAUCAUGCUCCCCUGAUCAACAGCAUGCAGCCCAGGCAUGUGAACAGGCAAACCCUGGAGAUAAGCUGACCUCUGGAUCACCUGGAUCAGCGAAGGAGGCCUCUCAAAGGGAACCACUACCUCAGCCCUCUCCGUCCAGAGACACUCUGCUGCCUGCCCUUUUGUCGCCUGUAGUCCAAUUGAUAGACAUUGCCUCUGUCAGAGGGAUUAACCUUACCUUUAAACUCCAUAAAGCAACCCCAAAUCAGUUCACCAUGUCCGGUAACAAACAGGCAGCUUUUGCUACCUCUUUAGAUCGCUUUACCUCCAGAAAUGAUGCCAUACUUCAGGAAACGACAAAAGAUUCUAUGUUUAACCAGCCAGAAACUGUGGCCCAAAGAGUUCCCCCAAAAACACCACAAGUGCAAACAGCUCCCGAAUCUCAGGAUGCAUCUACCUCUACCAGCUGUCAACGACCAGCUCGAAAGUCUUUUACCAGACUUUCAAGAAAGGUCAGACGAGCUUGUACAACUACCAGACAUUCACAGGCUCUGGACAGAUUUAGCCAAAACCAUUCAGCUGAGCAGCUCAAAAUGGCCCUAACUACCUUUGGGACAAGUUGUCCACCUUUGCCCUGUGACGUUAAUGUCACUGGGCAUCCGACACAAGAUUCUUCUGCCUAUACUUGUCAAUCAGGGACUCUCUCCUCAGUCUGUACGGCUAAUCAGAUCCCUCGUUUAACUGAAUCAUCUCAGCAAGUUGUGUCUGAGAGCUCAGAGAAACAUCAUCCUCAGACACUCAACACAACUUCUUUUCAAAAUACCCCACUAUGCUCCACUGAUGUCUCCGCUACUUCCAACUCUUAUUGCAUGGCUGUUAGGUCGGAGACCAGCAAAGUCCAAGGAGCCCAGCCAAGGUUAUCACUAACUAGUCAGGUUAUGUUAGUGCAGUCCAAUCUACUUCAGCCUUACGUGAGUCUUAGCAGGCUGAGCACUCAGAAUUGUUACAAAAUGACCAGCGGGAGAUCCUCAUCCAAGUUUGUAGCGCCUAUGGCAAGAGACAGCAAUGAUGAGGACAAGGAGAGGAGGAAGGAAAAUGAAGGAGAUACAGAUUCUUCUUUUGAUCCGAACACUCUUUACUCAAGUUAUUCUUCAAAUGGUGACAGCGAGGAUUCGCUAAGUUGUGACCCUGACUAUAAACCUUGCAUUAAAAAGAAAAUACUUUGCUGAGUAUAAGGCAGCAAGGAGUCUUAUUAAUACAUUUUAUCGCUUGAAUACACAGUAUGGUCUUCAACUUGACAGAUUUUUGAGGCCAAUACAGAUAUUGAUUUGGAAGAGAAAAAAAACAUGUGUGAUACAGAUCAAUAGGGUGAGUUUUUUGUGUGUGUGACUGAAAUUUUAUAAAGACAUUCAUUCUCCCCAGAGGUUGAAAUGUAAUGAGAAAUUUAGCACCAUCAGCAGGUCACAGUCAUGAUCCAGUAUGAAAUAUCCUUAUGAAUUUGGUUACUUCUUCCCUCUUACCACCAUAAGAUUGAUAUACAGUAUGUGGUUUUGAGUACAAUGUCUAGUGAACUACAAGAUGGAUUUCUCCACCUGUGCGUCUCACCUUCGAAACAACUUGAGUGGGUUUAAAAAGAGACACCAUAGAUUUCUCUAUUUUUAUCCAAUCCAAGUGAGAAUGGUAUUGUGCCCAAUGUUUCACUAACUUGGCAAAUGACAAAUUACAUUAUAAAGUAAAGAUGUAAUGGUGAAAAUGUAAAUGAUACCCAGCUCUACACUGUCAAAAUGAAUGUUAUUUAAAGCACCAAAAUAAAUUCAGGUUUGCUACAAGCUCAGAAAUCAAGCCCUGUUUCAUGUAGUCUGAACAUAAUCUGUGUUGUGUGUGUAUGAAGCACUAGCGUUGCCCAUCCUCUUUAGUUUAUGUUAAGCAGACAUGGACUGCCCACUGGGAGUCACGUCAUGAGUCAGCCUCUGUAUGGCAGUGGCAUGACACGGCACCAACUGUCUGCAUCAUGAUCAAAUAUGUGAAGAGCUGGUAUCGACGUGACUGACGCAUCACUUCAGCAGCGGUCAGCACUAAGGUCAAUAGUGACCCUCAAUGUUUACAUUUCCAUAUCUACACAGUGCUGUUGGGGGGAGCAGUACUGAAGUUAGAGCCUUUGUGGUGGAGGUAAUAUGAGGACACUGUUUACUAGCUUUUGACCCAAGGAUUGAUUACCAACUGUGCCCUUGAAUGAUACUGUACCUCCUGCACAGAAAACUGAACUCAGAAUAAAUGUUUUGCUUUGACUGUUA